AGUACUGUGCUACCCAACCAAUACCCAACCAAUUCAUCGGUGGAGAGGCUACGAUUUGGCGACGACACACAGAUAUACUUCAGGCUUUAAGCUUCGGGUUUGAUGAAUUUGGGUAGUGUAAUUAGUUGGUAAUUAGACAUGAAUAAGACACGUCAUGCAUGGCAAAUAUUGUCAGGUCAGGAUUCAGAGGUUACUUUGGUUGUAUUGGCUACGUUUACUUUGCCUGCCCAAUACGGGCAAAAUAAAAAGCAAUAUGAAUAGAGGUUAUGUUGUUAUCAAUUAUCAAUCAAUACUGUUUUUAAGAAAUUGUUAAUUAAAAUUCCUUUAAUAUGUUAUCCUAUGAAAAUAAAUUAAUACUAGCGCCAAUGGUACGCAUUGGAACACUGCCGAUGCGUCUUCUCGCCCUACGUUAUGGAGCAGACAUAGUUUAUUCAGAAGAACUUAUUGAUUGGAAAUUUCUCCGCUCGAAGCGAAGAUAUAAUGAAAUACUGGAAACUGUGGACUUUGUUGACCAAACAGAUGGUACAAUAGUGUUUCGUACAUGUGCUGAAGAGAAGGGAAAAGUUGUCCUGCAACUUGGAACCUGUGAUGCUGGAAGAGCUUUGAAAGUUGCAAAAAUGGUUGAAAAUGAUGUUGCUGCUAUUGACAUUAAUAUGGGAUGUCCUAAGGAAUUUUCAAUUAAAGGUGGCAUGGGGGUAGCGCUCCUAGCGAAUCCAGAAAAAGCGCAUAAUAUACUGAAGACACUAGUUGACAAUGUAUCCAUCCCAGUGACUUGCAAGAUUAGGAUAUCUGAGACUCCUGAAGCAACAUUUAAGCUUGUGGAAACCCUGGUGAGUUCCGGAAUAAAAGCAAUUGCCAUUCACGGCAGGACACGGGAUGAACGACCACAGCACCCUGUGCAUACUGACAUAAUCCGGUAUGUUGCAGAGAGGAUACAUAUACCUGUCAUUGCAAAUGGUGGCUCCAAAGAAAUAGAGAAGUACAGUGAUAUUUCCAAAUUUAAAGAACUAACUGGUUGUAAAAGUGUGAUGCUUGCCCGAGCAGCUGAGUGGAACUGCUCAAUAUUUAGAAAACAAGGAUUACUGCCAAUGGAUGCUGUCAUUGAGGAAUAUCUAAAACUUGCUGUAGACUAUGAUAAUUCUCCUUCAAAUACAAAAUACUGUGUACAAAAUAUUUUGAGGGAGCUACAAGAAACACCAAGGGGUCGUCAAUUUUUAGAGUGUCAAACACUUGAACAAAUAUGUGAUAUUUGGGAUCUGGGAGAAUACUGCCAACAAAAGCAGUCUCAGUACCAGAAAAUGGGCAUUCAGGGUAGAUGGCAGGUAACACCAGAUCGAUUAGAACCACCAAAUAAAAAAAUUAAGUCUGCUGAAAUACUAGAUGAUGUUACAGAAAUGAAAGUUUGUUUCAUUCGUGCCAGUUUCAAUGACCUAAAUUUACCAAAAGCCAAGCUUCAUGCUUGGGCUGGCAAAAAUGGUCAAAAGCUUCCUACAUACCACACGGAACAAGUAGCAAAAUUGUUUAGAACAAUAAUUACUUUUGAUGGUAAAAAAUAUACAUCAUCAUUCUGGGAAAAGAACAAAAAAUUUGCAGAGCAAGGUGCAGCUUUAGUUUGUUUAUUUUAUCUUGGUCUAGUAACAGAAGAAGAGUUAAUAAAACUUGGAAGUAUAAUAAAAUAAAUUAAAAACA